AAACCAUAACAAACAUUUGACGUUUUAAACCACAUGGCUGCAAUGGAAAAUCCACAAAACGGCAUAGAAACCGAGGAAAAACCAAAAAGGAAACUUCAAAAAACCAUUCUAGAUAACUUUUCCAAGUUAUCGAACCCUCACGAGAAUGUACGUGCAAAAAGUGCCGGAAAUCUUCUUAAGUACCUCGUGGAAAACGGCGAGGCUGAACAAGGCCAAAAUGAACUAAAGUACGCCUUGAAACGUCUUAUUAGGGGUCUUGGUUCUCCAAUACACAAUGCCAGGGCUGGUUAUUAUAGUACUUUGGUUGCCUUGCUUAGUUUAAACUUAGACGUAGGUGCAAGAGAUGUUUUGGAGCUUGUUAAGUCUGAACUGCAUAGGUCCGGAAAAAAUAGCGACGGGGAAAAUGCUGAUAUAUGUGUAGGUCAGAUUUUAGCCUGUGGGGCUAUAAUAAAAGCUAAUCUUUGGGCAAAGGCUGAUUCAGAACAGAAAAAUGAAAUAUUUCAAAUUAUUUUAACUGCUUGUAAAGAGAGAACAUAUUUAGGCCUGUUUGGUUUUAGCUUUAUUAUUGAAAUACUAUCAGAGGAUCCAUCAAUAAGUUCCAGUCAAGAGAUUUUAGGCAAAAUCACGGAGGAAGUAGCCAAACCAUGGUCAGAACAGUCACAUGAUUCUUUAUAUUUGCUUCUGAAAUUAAAAUCUAUCUUUCCAAAAAUUUUUAACAAAAAGUUUAUAAAGAAACAUUUAGAAACUGUGGAUAUUGUUUGUGAAGACAGUUUAGAAAAGCUUUGUUCUAUUUUAAUGGCAUUACCAAGGAUAACGACGCUUAAGCACCCUUUAUAUGACACCAUAAUACUUGAUCUUACUCCAGAGAUUGUCCCAAAAUUUAUUACAGAGCUAGACAAACAUCUGAGAACUCCAAACCGCAAUAGACUGUUAGCUUUUAUGAAGCUUUUAACAAACAUUUUAUCACUUGUUACUAGUGAUAAAUAUUAUACUGAGGUUCCGUCAUUAAUCACCAGAAAUUUUGUAACUCAAUUGCUAGGAUACUUUAGGACAUUUAAAGGCAAACAGAAAGAUAAGGAAUACCAUGAUGCAGUUCAGAAACUGUUUGAAACUAUAGUAGCAGUAUUUAGCAAAGAAAACACUAACUCCGAUGUAAAGAUAUCCGUAAUAAAAAAAUUACUCUUUGAUCCUGGCACUUUUGUAUUUGAAAAAGUAACAAAAAGUAAAAUAAUUCAGCAAAUAACUCUUACACUGGACACUGAAGGUGUCAAAAAUCUGGCAAAGGUGUACAGAGGAGUGGUGGAUGGUACUGAAACUAUUAACUCAGAGAAUGACAGUGAAACAUGGCUGAACAAUGACAGAUUAUACAGUGCUCAUUUGUUAAUCAAGUUAUUGGGUUUUCCAGCUAUGAAGCAGGAAAAUGAUUGGAGGGUUGAACAAUUGACCUUUUUGUUGAGUGUGUCACUUUUGAGAGAAAGAAGUGGUAUGAAUGUAGGCAGGGAACUUGCUGACUCGUUAAAAUCAGCUUUCUUUGGAGCCCUCAACCUGAAACUAUCAAAACUAGAAGACGUCCACCAAGUGCUUUUUAAACUAGUUCAGCGCCUAGACAGUAAAUUAAACCCAGAAAAUUUAAACGAUAUAUUAAGGACUCCAAUAUCUAGCGAAACGUUUCAAUUAUGGAAGAAAACCAUGCAAAAAGUGGAAAAAAUUGAAAAGAAAAAGAAGAAAAGUGGCGUCACUUCGGUGUUUCUUACAUUAUUUUUGCACAUGAGUCUGCAGCUCUUUAAUGAAGUCAAAUUAGCCACUGAAUCUCUAAAUGAACUUUUUAGCUGUUAUGACAGAGUCAAGAAAGACAAAAAACUAAAACAUACAUUGGACAACACUACGCUGGACAAUACUUUGGCAGAAUCUGAGAAUGACCCCCAUUGGAUUGAAGUGGUCACUGACCUGUUUCUUAAUUUACUUUCACAUAAUUCAUCUCUUCUGAGAAGCAUUAUCAACAGUGUUUUUCCUCACUUGUGCGGCUUUAUGACCUCUGCUACUAUUCAUCAAAUUUUAAAUGUUCUGGAUCCAAAAACUGACGAAAACCCGCUCUCAAAAGAUGAUGGUAGUAGUUCAGAAUCCGAAAAUGAGCACUCUGAUUCCGAAUCGGAAAAUGAGUCUGAAGAAGAUGUUGAUGAUGAGGGGGAGGAAGAAGAAGAAGAUGAUGAGGAUGAAGAGGAUGUAUCGGAUGAGACGGCUAAUGAUAAACUAAGGAUGGCUCUACAUCAAGCACUUUCCAAUGGAGCAACUCAAUCUGACGAUGAAAGUAUUGAUUUGGAUCAGAUGAGCGAUACUGAAGGCGAAAAGCUCGAUAAAGCUCUUGCAGAUGCUUUCAGACAGUUUAAACCGAAUCACGGCAAGAGGAAGAAACAAACUAAAGAUCAAGAAACUCUAACACACUUUAGGGUAAGAGUUCUUGACUUGAUUGAAAUUUAUUUGGACUCGACGCCGUCUAUGUUGCUUUCCCUGGAAAUUAUGUUGCCAUUGUUGCAAGCAGUUGAAUUUAGCAUUAGAGAUGAACAUCAGAAACCUCUCAAUGAUCGCUUGAAGCAUAUUUUGAAGAAGUUAUUGGGGCUCAAAAAGUACUCUGAUGUUGAGGGUGUGACUGACAGUACGCUGGUAGAACUUUUGAAAAGUCUUCUCGAUAAGGGCAGCAAAAAUGCCUUGAUUGUGCAAGAAAUGGGGGAACAAAUUGCAGAUUGUUGUAUUUUUGUUGUUAAAUGCUCUGAAAUAUUACGUAAUCAUGAAGGGACUCCGGCAAAAGUUAAGAAGCAUUUAAAAUCCCAUAUUUUAGAGGUUAUUAGUGGGGAAAUCCAUCAGUUUUUCACCAAAAGGGAGUGCUUAACACCAUAUGUUUUACUUAAAAAUCUUAUGCAGCUCACAUGGGAGGGAAACAUUGGAUUAGCUAUGGUCUUGCUUGAUUUUAUGUUUAGCUCAGAAAUCCGAAAAUACAAAAAGAACCAAGUGGCAGAAUUGUUGAAAAUAUUUUACUCCAAUCAGAGGUUUUUCAGUCAGAUGAAAACUAAAAUUAAUAGCAAAAUGUCUGAAGCACAUACACAAUUUGGCAGUACAGUAGUAGAAUUUUUCAAAGAAUUGUGUAACGAUCCUGACAAAAAGAACAUUAAAGAACGAUUUAUUUGCAACAUUUUUAAUCUCCUGACAGCCAUGAGGCAAAAUGGGUCUCUAGAAUCAACUCUUAUGCCGUGGCAGGAUAUCGCCCACAACAUUAGAGAAUACAGAAGCUACAAAUCUUUUUCCAAAGAUGCUAAACUGGCUUUUAAUAAACUAUGCAAGGCUUUGGGUGUAUCUAAUACGGUCGCUAUGAAGCCACAAGUUACAAAACUAGCCACUCUAAUUGAUGACGAAGAAGCAGAAGUAGUGAGUGAUGAGGUGCCUAAACAAAAACCAGAAAAGAAGAAGUCAAAAAAGAAAAGUAAAGAAACACUGAAACUAAAGAAGGAGGCAAAACAAUUGCGGUUAAGUAGUUUGAGUAAAGGUCUGGGUGAGGUAGAGUUUGAGGAUGUGGGAGAUGAAGUGGAGCCUGACGAUUUGGAUGAUGCUGAAUCAGAAGUGAAGAAAACUAAGAAACCUAAAGAAACGGAUACAGAGGAUUGUGAAGUUAAUAAGAGUGUUAAGAAAAAAAGAAGAAGUAGUACAACAGAAGAGGUGUUAAAUGGCAGUGUAGAUAGUAUAUCUAACAAAAAACUUAAAAAGAAUGGUAUAUCUGAAGAGGAAGAACAUAAUUCAAUUAGUAAUACGAUUAUUAAUAAGAAAAGGAGGAUGUCGGAAGGAGCACCUUUGGUUAAGCGAAAAAGGAAAAAUAGUUUUUGAUUUUUUAAUAUAAGAGUAUCUAUUGUAAUAAACUGUUUUUUUUU